CAUGUGCUUCGGAAAAUCUAGUGGCAGAAGUAAAUACUACAGAAGUUGACCUCGAUCUGGAUAUGGACGAAGCCUUCGAAAUGUUCUAUAUCCCUCCAACAGGGCCAUUAGAUUGCAACCUUUUCUCCCCAUCAACUUUAACCCCCGUUACUGCUGUUUCAUAUCCUUCCACAGCUGAAGCUUCUCUUGAAGCACAGUCUAUGCCAGCCCCAGCUUCAGUGUUUCCAGAAUUAGGCAGUGAAGCUGACAAUUAUCGCACAAGUUUUCGAUGUCUUCCUGAAGAAAAAUAUGAUGGAAUAACAACUAAGACUAUAGUGCCCAUUGAGUACAAUGGUUAUAACACUUCUGUUGCAAAAAAACAAGUGGCAGAAGUGACAUCUGAUGUGGUGGAGGCAGGCUCAAAUAUGUUCCCUGACACACCACAGCCACUAGGUUGCGACAUGUUAUCCCCAUUACACUCGAAUUUAAUUCUUUCCUCACCACAUCAGAUGCCACUUCUGCCACUAUUGGGUCAAACAAAACUCAAAUGGAGUAUGCCCAAUAGUCGACUCGAUUCAGUCUGUUUUCAAAGAGUUGUGUCCAUUGCCAAACAGUUGCCAUAUCUUGAGUCCACACCCUUUGGUUGUCUAUAUAAAGGGGUCAAGAGCCCAUUUGUGCAUGUGACAUAAUUUUUCACUUACACGUGGUGUUGUAGAGAACAAUACAUAGAGAAAUAUCUCUUUAUUUUGCUCAUCAAUUUCAUCAAAGCAUUUAGAUUGUAAAUGCUGUGUGUUUUGUUCUCAUAAACAAACAUCAUUGUUGAGUCUCAAUAAUACAGAUUAUGAAUAUGGGAGACUUUGAUUUUA